CGCUCUUUCUACAACAAGCCACGACUCCAAAUGACACGACGCUGGCGGGCACUUCCUCUGCUCCUUGUGAGCGCGCUUGCACCUUCCUUCUCAUUAGCUGGUUUAUCUUUUGAAAACACGGCUAUCGUCCGCACCAUCGAACUAGGUGGUUCGCUUGUACACGUCAGUACAACUUACGCUGUCAAAGCUCUCGAGCCAGGACAGACUACCUACCAAAUUGCGCUCAGCAAGGCUGAGCGAGCAAAAACAAGUUGGCUCGAGGCUAAAGUAAAGGGACGGACUGUACCUCUUGAUGUCACUGAGCUCAGUGAGGAUGAAUCCAGUACAGAGCAUUUGUUGUCUGUUUCCCUUCCAAAAGAGUUGGCUGUGAACGGCACUCUCAACCUUGUGUUGGAGACUGUGCAGACGCAUGCUACAUACCCAUUUCCUGAACAGGCCGCUCAGAAGGACCCCCAGCUGCUCAAGUAUGAAACUGACCUUUUCACCAUCAGCCCUUAUACCACCCUCGUCCAGCGCACAAAGGUCAAGUCUUUGUCGCCGAACGUCGUUUCCUAUACUACCCCACACGACGUGGACAGUUUCAUGAGAGAUGGUUCUGUCACCAAAUCCGGGGCGACUAUUACAUAUGGUCCUUAUCACGACAUUCAAACGGACGCAGAUUUCGUGGCAAAAUAUCAACAACCUAUCUCAGUUCAUUACAGCUUCGACCAUCCCGUUCUCGAGGUCAAGACGCUUCGCCGUACAGCAGAAAUUAGCCACUGGGGUUCCAACUUGAAUAUCGAGGACAAGAUUGACCUCCAUAACGCUGGGCCCACUCUUAAGGGUCAUUUCUCUCGCUUGGAGUACCAAAGCCAAAAUUAUCACCGCAAGCAAGCUCCACAUAUUCUUUCCGACCUCACUUUACACCUUCCCCCCGGGGUGACCAAUGCGUACUACUACGACCAGAACGGCAAUGUCUCGACAUCCCAUCUGCGCACGACGCCGUCUGUCGCUAAGGGUAGCAAGGCAAUGCAGUAUAGUGUGCUUGAAUUACGGCCACGCUACCCAGUGCUCGGGGGUUGGAACUACUCUUGCACUAUUGGCUUCGACACGCCUCUGCAGGAUUCAGUCGGCUAUGAUGCGAAGAAUGGCAUAUACAUCGUUGGCAUACCUGUCAUGACCCAUAUUCCUAGCGCUGUCGUCGACGACGCCGAAGUCAAAGUUAUAUUACCGGAAGGUGCAACUAAUGUCGAAUUCAUCUCCCCUUUCCCCGAACUUUUUAGCGGUAUGUCAACGCACAUCACAUACCUCGAUACCACGGGGCGCCCCGCCGUCACCUUCGCAUACAAAGACUUGACAUACAAACACAUGGGCAUCAUCUACGUCUCUUAUCAGGUUCCCUUCUCGGCUCACUUGAAGAAAGCCAUGUCUGUUGGUGCUGCUUUCUUCAGCCUGUUUGCUCUUGCCUUCAUGGCUAGGCGCGUCGAUUUAACUCUACACAAGAAGUGAUGUACAGUAAUACUUUUGCAACUGGUCAAUCAUGAUGGAAAACCUUAUUGCCUCAGAACCUAGGUGGCAUUCAUGAC